AUGAAUUCACAAGAAGUAGAUGAAUCGAUUUUGAAUCAUCUAUUUCUUCCACAUGGAUUAUCAUCUUCAGCAAGUAGCGAUCAUUUAAUUCAAUCUGAUCAUCAGAAUGAAUAUAAACUACUUCAAUGUAUGAAUAAUUAUUGGAAAUCGUUAGAUGAAAAUAAUCAAUUACCAAUAUUUUCAACUCUUAAAACUUGUACGGAGCGUUGGUCAACCAUACAAAAUACGAAGAAGUGUUCGAUUUCCGUUUUACAAUCGAUCAUACAGAAACUAUCACCAGGAGAUUUUCUCCCACUUUACUUCUAUGCCCAAAAUGCCGCAAUUUUAAUUGAAAUCGAUGAAAAUUCUCCUGAUCAACCAUUAAUCUCAUCUUGGCAAGUCUUAUUGCCAACAAACGUGAUUACAUCAUCACUCGAACCACAUGUUUCUUGUUUUCCUGUUUCUACAUUUCGCUUACCUGACCGCUGUCAACUUUCAUCUACUGUCCACUGCGAAUUACUUUCAGAAUUUAUGAAUAAUACAAUUGAACAUUCAAAAUCCCAUAAAGCAUCUUACACAUUUGAUGAAACUCGAGAAGUACCUAUAUCACAUUAUGUAUGUCAAUGGUGGACUACACAUUUUCAAGGUGUUCAAAUCGAUAAUAAGACGAAUGCCUCCGUUUCAUUCAAGAAAAAGCAUCGUGACCAAAUCCGAUAUAAGAAUUCAGCAUAUCCUUUUCGACGAUCAGGUUUAUGGAUGGCUGUGAAAGUUGUUUUUCAAAAUAUUCUAACAAAACGUAUGGGAACGUUAGGUCAUAUCGUUUACAAGUUGAUUAUCACUGAUUUUUUAACCAAUUUCAUUCAUACGAGAAAAGAGCGAAGGAAUUCGUCGAGAUCUACGGAUGUUCUUGUGCAUUGUCUACGAAAGAUUGUACGACGAUUGAACAAAAUUGAUGUUUUGCUUCUAUCCGUUGACUCAAGCAAUAUAAAUCCAUGGAUACAAAAUACAAUUGAAAGAAUCAAACAAAAAGUCAAUAGUUUAACUCCGAAUUCCGACUGGCAAGAAGCUAUCGAGAAAGUUGGCACGAAAGAAGCUCAAAAAGUCCAACUGAAUUCUAGACAAUUUGAAAUCUAUCAACAUCCAUGUCGCAAACUCAAAGCUUAUCUCGAAAAAGAUCGUCCACCUACUUCAAAUCGAUACUCCUAUGAUCAUCAGUUAUCAGCUAAUAUUGCUCAUAACAACGAUCAAUUACCUCAGCUUUCCACCUUAAUCAAUUACGACAAUGAUGCUACAAACAUAGCCUUAGCACGUGUUGAACUUUGGAUACAAACCAAUUUGGAAAAGUGGAUCAAUCGUUGUUUACUAUCAACAAACAAAUACACAUGUUUUGAAAAUCUACAAACCUUCUAUGAAGAUUAUCAGCGUAGAGCUCUAGAUUUUCAUGCUGCAGACAAACAAUCAACGGACGCAACUGGUUACAGUCGUUUUAUUAUAGCAUCAUUAACAAUAAUACGAUUGAUGCAUAUGAAAUUAUGCGAAGAUUCACGAUUCGAACGAUUGAAGCUUCACGCCAUUCAAAUUCCUAAUCUUUUGAAAUUAUUCGAAUUUUUAGUUUUACCCAAUCAAGAUGAUAUGAUUCGUGCACGAGAAUUAUAUGAUUAUUUUUUAGAAUUUAGCAGAAAACCAUAUCCCCAUCUUUUAAACAAGAUCGAUUGUCCAAAUGCAUUCGGUGUUUAUUUCGCUGAAAAUUCAGUGGAAAUGAACGAAAAUUUGAAACAAAUUCAAGAACAAGUUGCACAAGACAAGGAAGACAAAACCAAAGAAAUAACCAAUGCGAUAGAAAAAUAUGAACAACUAAUGGAAAAAGUCAAUAAUCUUAAAUGUGAAUGCGACUCUAUACUAAUACGUUAUCGAAAAUGUGAUCGAUGCACCAUGAUAAAAGAAGCGGAAAGCAUCAAAGUUACUAUAUAUGAAUGUCCAAUACCAUCUCAACGAUACAGUGCUUUAGCUGUUAUGUUCGAAUUACAAAUGCCAAAAGAAAUUCGAUGUUAUCGAGAUAUUCUUUGGCAAUUCAUUAACCGGCCGAAAUCAAAUCCUUCGAAUAGUAUGCAUGAAUGGUUAAGUACUCGUCCUCAUCAAUCUAAACUGGGAAAAUAUUUCAAUGGUUCACGUAAUUGUAAAGUGAAGUUAGUAUCUGAAACAAAAUCUAUAUCAGAAUGUCAUUAUUCAGCUCCACGACACGUUAUAUCAACGCCUCUGGAAGAAUUUUUCUAUGAUAAUAGUCUAAAAGUUCAAAUAUCUCCGAAUAAAUUAAACGAAUUUCAAGAUGAAUGUCAAACACUAACGCCUAAACUAACAGAUUCAAAUUAUAAAGAUUUACAAUUUUCUAUUAUGAAUACCGAAUUUGUACAAAAUCAAGUCAUCGCUGAACUAUCAAAAUGUUCGUUGAAACUCAAUUUAACCGAAUUUAUUGAAUAUGGUUCAUUUCGUUCCGGUCACCGUUUACAAUGGUGGAAUCUUUUAAGUAUUCUCGAAUUAGAUUCAUUAUCUAUGGAUGAAGAAAGUGUUGUGAUACUCAUAACACAUUCUCUCUUACAAUAUGGUCCAGUGAAUGAAAACCCACAAUCAUUGACUUGUUCAUGGUGUCCCGAAUCACAUCAGCAAUUAUUAGAAGAUGAUUUUCUCGAUGAAUUGAUCAUAAGAUUAGAUCGUCAUUUGAAAGAUUGUGAAUCGAAUUGGCAAAAUGAAUUGUUAUUAGUUAUUAUAACAAUAAUUGUUAUGAGAAUGUUUACAAUAUGUAAUUCAACACGAAAAGAACAAAUGACAAAUUUAGUGUUAAAAUGUCGAAAAACAGGCAAAAAAUGGAUUGAACGUAUUUCGGAAACUAUUCAAACUUCAUCCGAUUGUAUUAUGAUGAAUGGAUUACGUGAUAAAAUCAUUGUUACUGCUAUGACAUAUCUACUUACAUUUUCAAUAUAUAGUGAUAGUAGUAAUACAUUGGUACUAACAAGUGAAGAUGUGGUUUCUCUUUUGACUAUAGCAACGACUAUGCAUGACAAUAGUAUUUUAAACAAGAAAACAGCUCAUAUGAGUAUAUUCAUGAGAAAUAUAAUGCGUUAUAGUGAAUAUGUGUUAUUAUCGAUUCAUCCGAUUAUUAGUAAACUACUUGAAGAAAGUUCGUAUGAAAGUUUAAAUCAAUUUUGUGCGAUACAUUGGGCAGUUCUACGAACAAAAGGUACAAUGAAUGGUAAAUGGAAGAAAAGAAACAAUGAUAUGUAUGAUGGUUGGUAUGAUGGUGAAUAUGAAUCAAACAAAUUAUCUAUUGAUUGCAUAAGAGGAAGCUUUUUUGUCAAUAAGAUGACUAUUGGUUUUCUACCCGAUAGAAUUACUUCUGAUGAAUUAUUUCGUCGAGUAUUUGGUACACAUAUUUUUGAAGUACAGGCAGCUGAAUCCGAAGAUAGUUACAUUACAAAAUAUGGAUAUCAUGACAAUGGAGAAGUUCAUUAUGAAUUCAUUUAUAAUGAUAGUUAUUAUGGAAAUCGGCGAUUAACAGUGUAUGAACGACAUCUAAAAACAAAGGAAAAGUUUGAAUUAAUUCCUUCGAGUUGUUUUGAAGGAGAAUUAUCGGAUAUAUUUGUAUCGAACUAUAGUCAUUGGAGAGAUAUAGACAAGAAUCAGAUAGAGUUUCGACCGAUUCAUUUUCAAGAUUCAAAUUUCUUAACUGACAAACAAUAUAUAUUGACCAUGCAAAACGGAUAUUUUACAAUGAACAACCUUGAAGAUAUGGAAAUAUUGAUAAAUCGUUCCUCAUCAUUUUUUCAAAGUUUGUUUACUCGAUAUUUCAUUCGUCUCGAUGAAGAAUCGUAUGUCUACAUGAUUAGACAAAAUGGGUUUGUUCAUAUUCAUUUACCUCGAUUAGGCAUUGCUUUUAAAUACGACUUUCGCACUAGAAUCGUAACCUCGCGUGAAUAUUCCGAAAUGUAUGUUGAUGAAAAUCAAUCGUUUGGAACGUUGACCGGCCUCAAAUCAGGUCUUCUUCUUUCACCAAUUGGACAAAUUCAUCAAAACAAUACAUCAUCUCUCUAUCGCAAGUUAAUUGUCCCUUUUGGACUUGUUCAAGCAACAAAGACGUCUGAAAAUGGUCCUCAUCAAAUGGUUACGAUCGAUCGAAAAUCAUCGACAUCAAUGCUGCAUCAAUAUUUUAUUUUUGUUUUGAAUGAUCGAUUACGUGUUCUUCAACCAACUGAUAGCCCAACAGGAUGGUUCUAUUUAGCAUUAUUACAUGCGAUGACUUCACAUCCAUUGCCUGAUCGAUACACAGGAAUGACUGGCAUGGAACGUGCGUUUCAAUUACUAUAUUCAGCAGGAUGCUGGUCUAAUCAAUCUUAUGAUUCAAUCACCCGACAUAUUCUACUUCAAAUUGCAACCAUUUCACCCAAAGUAAGUUUCUAUCCCGAACAUCUCACUUGCAUGGCAAAAGUCGAUUGGAAUGAAAAUAGUCUGCCGUACUCAAUGCAACAUUUUGGUUAUUAUUUGAUAGUGAAAAAAUUAGUCGAAACUAGUGAAGAAUGGAAUUUCAUGCAUUCAUUAGUCAUUUCAAAUGAUGAACUACACAAAUUAUUUCAAAGUAAAAAAUAUAAUGAAAAGCUCUUAGGUAAACUCUACUGGGAUUAUCGAGAUUCAUACAAUCCUACAGCACGACUAUCAGAAGACAUGGAGAAAGACAUUCGUCAGAUGAGUUCGACACAAUCAUUUCAACCAGUUUCGAAUAAUUCAUCAUACUCAACAAACUACAAUUCUUGUCGUCUUGUCGAUUACUUAUAUGGUAGUGGGGAUGUCGAUCUAAAACACAGUAAAGAACUCCACUGUUUUCCAUUAUCUCGAUGGCUUAAAGAUGAGUAUCAAUUGAAACAUACUUGGAUUGGUUUAUUGAAAUUUGCCGAAGAUGUAAAAGCGCUUCAUGAAGGUGAUAAUCAUAAAAAUGCGUUUGAAAGAUUUGAAAUCCUACUGGAUUUUCUAUACUAUAUCUCCGAUAGAUGUUCAAGUAAACCAUAUUAUUUACAGAUGCUGAAAUCCUUUUUAAGAGCACCAACUACAACAGCGAUAUCUUUUUCCUAUCCCACAUUUACUGCUUAUGUAAAUAUUCAAGAAACCACAGUGCAAACUCAUCGAAUCAAUCUAGGAAAAAUGGGCCAUUAUAAACGAGCAAUCGUUUUUCGAGAAAUUCAAGAUUGUUUCAAUAAGAAUUCUAUGUAUGAAAACAAUGAUCUACCAAGCAUGCAUCAAUUAACCCGUCAAACGAAUAGAAUCAAUAGAUUAUUACAAUCUUGGCGAGACAACGGCAAACUUCGUCUGUUCUUAGACAAUGUUCAAGAUCAUUUUCGUUCCAUUUCGAUUACUCCAUUAAAUCUGAAGGUGUAUGUCAUUCCUCAACUAUUUGAAUUCGAAUCUUUUCAAGCACAUUUUCAAGUUCGUAUCACUAUGACAGAUACACUCAUUAAUCUCAAAUCAAUUGAAGAUGCACGAGCAAAAUUUUUGCAUCCUCAUUCGAAUUAUUUCAUCAAACCAAAUAUGUGUAUUCCAAUCAAAACUGAAAAGAAAACUUUUCCCGAAGAUAUUUUCCCUUCAAUUGAUUCUCAAGUCAAUCCUUUCAGCGAUAUUACAGAUUAUUUUAAAAAACAUUUAACCGAAAGUUGGAAUAAAUUCAAUCUAACCGAAGAAUAUCAACAAGAAUUUCCAUCACUCGAACAAAUCGAACAAUUUCUUGAUCGCUAUCGUCAAGAAUCGAAACUAUACUGGGACGAAUUAGUACAAUCCAUUAGAACAGCCAAUGAUUUAUUGGUCAAAGUAGGUCUCGUCGUACGAAUCUUACCAACAAUUCUGAUUUCUAUUUUUCAACAAACAUGGCUAAGUGAAAACCAUUCCAAUAUCUUAUCGUUACAUCUCACACAUAAUCAAUGUAUACUACUUGGUGGUAUUAUGGUUAAUUGGAUUGUCGAACAACAGAUUGAAAGAGCUUUGAAUUUCGCUGAUUUAGAAAAGUGGGAGGAAUUUGAAAAAGAAAUGUUAAAUGUCCCUCAUAUCAAUUGGACGCCCUCAGAACAUAUUCCAUGGUUAAUAUUAGAACUUGAAAUGAAUAUCACCAUUCGAGAAGUACAAGUUCAAGUAGCACGUCAUAUGACACAACCAUUAAUAAAUGAAAACAGUUCAUCUGUACGAAAUAUUGUCAUGCAAAUGAAUAUGGGCGAAGGCAAAACAUCUGUUAUUUUACCUAUGUUAGCGGUCAGUUUGUGUUCUUCAGCUUCGAACUUGGUUCGUAUUAUUGUAUUAAAAGCAUUAUUUCCAAUGAAUUAUCAAUCAUUACGAUAUAAGCUAGGCGGUUUACUCAAUCGACAUGUAAUACCAUUUGCCUGUCGUCGUGAUAUGAAUUUCAAUGAUGUGCAAGCAAAUCAAAUUUUCAAUCGUUUCAAACAAGCGAUACACAAUUUGGACGUUAUAUUAACUUCUCCGGAAGACAUCUUAUCUUUCGAUUUACUUACAAUAGAUAAAUGUCGUCGAAAUGAGUAUGAUGUUGGCGGUUCAAUGUUAUCGAUUCAAAGUUGGGUGAAAAAAUAUGUUCGUGAUGUUUUAGAUGAAUCCGAUGAAAUUUUACAUGUCAAAUAUCAAUUAAUUUAUUCGAUUGGUCGCCAGCUGCAGGUUGAUGGAGGUAUCGAACGCUGGAAAACUAUUCAAUACGUCCUCAAUUUAGUCAAACAACAUGCCGCAAGCAUCGCACAACAAUAUAAAAAUGAUAUUUUUUACCAAUCAUCCAAACGACAGAGUAGUUUUCCGGAAUUUCGUCUGCUAAGUCAUCUGUCAUAUUCUGAAUUAUGCCGAAGAGUAGCAAACGAUUGGAUUAAUCAAAAAAGCUAUCGACAAUUGGAUCAACAACGUAUCUUAUCAUUUAUAUUAGAUACGAGUUCAUCAAUUGAUAGUCUACUCAAUCAAUUUCCUGAAAGUACAAAUCAAUUGCUAUUGAUCUUACGUGGUCUUCUAUCGUCUGAAGUCUUGUUUGUCGCGUUGAAAAAACGCUACCGUGUCAAUUUUGGUAUCAAUUCAAAUACAAAAUUCAAUCGUUUAAUGGCAGUACCGUUUCGUGCAAAAGACGUUGCCGCUGAAAAUACUGAAUUCGGACAUCCCGAUGUCGCUAUUGUCUUAACACAACUUUCCUAUUAUUAUCAAGGUCUAACAGAUCCACAAAUGUAUCAAUGUUUCAAUCGUUUAAAUCAAGAUGAAAACGAACCGGAAAUGAUCUAUGAUCAGUGGAUUUCACUCGAAGAAGAAACUGACAUCAUAGCAAGUAUAAAACAAUGGAAAAAAAUCAAUUUACGAGACUAUCAACAACGAACUCAGUUACUCUUUCCUAGUUUACGGUACAAUAUGUUAGUUAUAAAUUAUUUUCUCAAUCAUUUUGUUUUUCCUCGCGAAGCUAAACAAUUUCCACAGAAAUUAGUUGCAUCCGCUUGGGAUUUAUCUUCAUCUUUCCGAGAAAAAACAAUAACUGGAUUUAGUGGAACAAAUGAUACUCAGCUGCUCCUACCUGUUCAUAUUCGUCAGUGUGAUUUACCCGAACUUCGUCAAACGGAUGCCAUUGUACUCAACAACUUACUUCGCUCGGAAAAUGAUCAUUAUCAAGAUUUACCUAUUGCUACGAAUACGGACGAAAUAUUAAAACGAAUUGUGUCUCAAGAACCAAUGAUUCAAGUUAUUCUUGAUGUUGGCGCUUUGUUGAUCGAUGGAACUAAUCGUCAAACAGCUAUCAAGUGGUUAGACUUGUCAGAUAGACUCAAAAUCGACUAUGUUGUGUAUUUCGAAUCGGAUUCAAUAUUUGUUUGUAAUCGUCAGCAUCAACAUCAUGCUUUGGCAACAUCUCCAGCUAGUGAACGUCUUGAUCGUUGUGUAUUCUAUUUGGAUGAAAUUCAUACCAGAGGAACUGAUUUUAAGUUUCCAAAUGAGUUUCGAGCUGCUGUUACCUUAGGAAGCGGUCUGACCAAGGAUCGUUUAGUUCAAGCAUGCAUGAGAAUGAGAAAACUAGGAAAACAUCAUUGGUUAAGUUUUUGGAGUUCAAGCGAAGUUCAUCAACAAAUUCGUGCGAUGAAGAAUCAUGGAAUUUCACGAAAUAAAAUGGGAAAUGGUGAUGAACAAAUUGUUUUGACGGACGUUCUCCGUUGGGUUUAUGGAAAUACUCAACAGGCAACUUGGGAUGGUUUACAUCUGUGGGCAACACAGAGUUUAAGUUUUCAACGAAAAUUGGCUGCUUUUCGAAACAUCGAUUUGGAAAAAGAAGGAAUAUCAUAUACAAGCACAACAAUGGAUAACAUAGCGAGAGGGUCAUUAGAAGCUGAGGUCAUAGAAUUGAAAUCGAUGUAUGGUGUAUCGAAAACAUUGGAAACAAUAUCAGACAUUUAUUCUGCUCGAUAUAAACAUUUCAACAUAUUUUUCUCAACGGAAAUUCAUGAAGCCGUUUCCAAACGAUUACGUGACUAUGGCGGUUCGAAAAAACUCUUGACACAAUUAUUAGAUGAAGAACAACAGCGAGAACUGGAGCGAGAACAAGAAUUAGAAGAAGAACGACAACAGAAACGUCCUUCACCUGUUCGCCCUGUUGACCCACAAUUACAUGAUGAAAUUAAAGCUUUAUGCAAUCCGAUUGAUCCCAUGUUAAAUUUAUCAAAAACAACUUCCGUGUUUCAUCCAAUUAGUGAUGCUUUUCUUGGUACAACGUUUCAUCGCGAAUGUCAACCACAUUGUUGGCCAAAAAAUUUUUGGGUGACUGAUGAAUUCGUACGUGUGGUACAAGCAAAAGGAGAAUCAUUGGAUCCCUUUCUACGUCCAAUGCGAUGGAUUCUGAUCUAUCGUGAUGAACACGUUAUUUUUGUCAGUGCUUUCGAAGCUAAUUGGAUCAUGGAUCGAUUACAUGCUCUCCAUCGUCAGAAACGUUCAAGGGAAUUCUUUACAACAACACUGCGUCUAAUAUUGCCACGGAUUAAACGAGAGCAAUCAAUUAUAGCCAAUAUACCAACUUUAACAGUGCCGCCGUCUAAUAUUCUGAAUUUCUCAAUUCCAUUCGAAUGGUUGGCGAUUUUGUUUAUUUUUAAUGGUACUUUAUACUUUAAAAGUGAAAAUGAACAAGAUGCCUAUUGCCGAUGCCUUGGUAUAUGUCCGAAACCACGUACGGAAAUUGAAGAGACUGCUUUUGAAAAUGGUUGGAUUGCUUUUGAUGGAUUUGUAAAACAACUAGAACAUCGCUCACUUCUGAGACUUCAUGAGUGUCAUUUUUGUAAUAAUCCUUUGACAUUCAUGAGAAAAUUGAUCGAAAUUCGAAACAAUACACACGCACCUCUUACAUCCCAUGUUGGUAGUAUUCUGACAAACACCGUGAAACUUCCUGUCGAAUGA